CACAAUUUGAAUUGGACAACUUGUUUAAUAAAAUAAUUUACAGACAGAGAAAAAGUUUCCUAACAAAUUCCUGCUCCUACUCUUUUGGAUCUACGAUAUAUUCUAACACCCCCUCCAGUUCUUCGGGAAAUCAUCUUCCUCCUCAAAUCCAACACAACAAACCUCUCCUUCCAUACUCCAAUCUCUCAGCAACCAUGGCCAUAGGGAAGGCCCGCAGCAACAAGAGAUCAUCCAGCAGUUCACGCUCCUCUACUUUGACAACCACAAUCUUGGUAGCUUUGUGCAUAUUCGGAUUAUGGCUGCUGGCACCCAAUACUCUUGUUUAUCCACGUACAACUACUCGAACUUCCGCUACAACUUCCUCUCAAUCAUCCUCCAUGCCCGACUCUCAUGAGAUUCAUCCCACAGAACCUAUCCCUAAGAAAAGCCAGCCCGUUUUCCAAGACAGUCAAGGGGACCUCCCAGAAGAUGCCAUUCAAACUGAUCACGGGGCAACGCAUAAUGACCACACAGAUGAAUCGCCAGAACUCCCAAACCAGAGUUCGACCGGGAGCAAAGCUCAAGCAGAAGCUGACAACGUCAGUGAACAAGAUUCUGGACCGGAAAAUAAUGGCGAUUCGGACAGCAGUAGUGACAACAACAAUGAAGCAGAAGGAGAUGGUGGUGGUGGUGAUACGGACAACAGGGAUGUGAAGGAAACGGAUCCAGAUGUUGGAGAGAAUCCACAAAAAUUGCACGGCGCAGAAUCUGUUGAUGAGCAAGGGGAGCAGCAGCAACUACAAAAUCAAAACUCUGAGGAAACUUCUAUUACUCAAAACCAAGAAGCUGAGGAAACAAGGGAAGAGCAUACAAGUGCUUCAGCCGAAAACAACCAAGAAGAGGGUACAAGUGACGACAAGCUUGAUGACCAUCAAAGUUCAGACAACAAUGAGCAUGAGAUAUCAGAUGAAGAUCAACAAAAACGAUUGGAACAGCAUCAACAGCAGGAAGAUGAUCAAGUCCAACAAGGAAAAUCACAAGAAGAUACUCAAGGAACAUCAAACCAUGACCAAGUGGAACAUGAUGAGGCACCCUUAGCCCAGACUGGAAAUCACAUUAAUCAAUCACAGCUCGGGGGCCGGAAAAAUCCUGAAACUCAUGAAAGUCAGCAUAAUAUUCUCCACAAUAACAAUUCCAUAAAGAACAUCUCAAGUGAACAAACAGGCAGGAAAGCAACUAACCCGGACACUAGUGAUUUCUUUCCAACUGGAGAGAGAUCUCAGAUACCCAAGGAGUCAAAAAAGAACUCCUGGUCAACUCAAGCUAACGAAUCUGAAAACCAGAAAGAUAGACGACAAAAUGGACAAGAUGAUCAAGAUGGCAGUAUUAUCAACUACAAAUGGCAACUAUGUAAUGUUACAGCUGGUCAGGACUACAUACCAUGUCUGGAUAAUGAGAAAGCAAUCGCAAAGUUACGGAGCAGGACACAUUACGAGCAUCGUGAAAGGCAUUGCCCAGAGGAUGCCCCUACUUGUCUUGUUCCACUGCCAAAGGGAUAUAAAAAACCAUUACAAUGGCCUCAGAGCAGAGAUAAGAUAUGGUAUCAUAACGUACCUCACACAAAGUUGGCAGAAGUCAAGGGGCAUCAGAACUGGGUGAAGGUAUCUGGAGAAUUCCUUACUUUCCCAGGAGGUGGUACUCAAUUCAUUCAUGGAGCACUGCAUUAUAUUGAUUUCCUAGAAGAGGCUGUUCCAGAUAUAGCAUGGGGUAAGCAUAGUCGAGUGCUGUUGGAUGUUGGAUGUGGUGUUGCUAGUUUUGGUGGCUACCUCUUUGAAAGAAACGUACUCGCAAUGUCUUUUGCACCUAAAGAUGAGCAUGAGGCUCAGGUUCAGUUUGCCCUUGAAAGAGGAAUACCUGCAAUAAAUGCAGUGAUGGGUACCCAGAGGCUGCCAUUUCCUAGCGGAGUCUUUGAUGUUGUGCACUGUGCUCGCUGCAGAGUUCCAUGGCAUGCUGGAGGUGGUGCUCUUCUUCUGGAAUUGAAUCGACUCCUCCGACCAGGAGGUUACUUUGUCUGGUCAGCUACUCCAGUGUAUCAAACACUUGAAGAGGAUGUUAUGAUAUGGAACGAAAUGUCCAAUCUAACAGUUUCAAUGUGUUGGGAGCUAGUCACUAUCAAGAAGGAUAAAUUAAACUCUAUAGGUGCUGCAGUCUAUCAUAAACCAGACUCAAAUGAAUGCUACGAUAAAAGGAAGCACAACCAUCCUCCAAUGUGCAAAAGCGAUGAUGAUCCUAAUGCAGCCUGGUACAUACCUUUGCAAGCAUGCUUGCACAAAGUUCCCAUUGAAGCAAAUCAAAGAGGGUCAGAUUGGCCAGAGGAGUGGCCUCGUCGACUUCAGACACCUCCAUACUGGUUGAACAGAUCUCAGAUGGGAAUUUAUGGAAAGCCAGCUCCAGAAGACUUCACAGCAGACUAUGAACAUUGGAAACAGGUGGUGAGCAAGUUAUAUCUUAGUGGACUGGGCAUCAGCUGGUCAGACGUGAGAAAUAUCAUGGACAUGAGAGCAGUAUAUGGGGGGUUUGCUGCAGCACUGAAGGACCUAAAAGUGUGGGUAAUGAAUGUGGUGAACAUAGAUGCUCCAGAUACACUUCCCAUUAUCUACGAACGAGGGCUCUUUGGUAUUUAUCAUGACUGGUGUGAAUCCUUCAGCGCGUAUCCCAGGACAUAUGACCUCCUACAUGCUGAUCGUCUUUUCUCAAGGCUAAAAAAGAGGUGCAAACUCAUUCCGGUGAUGGCAGAGGUUGACAGAAUAGUUCGGCCUGGAGGUAAAUUCAUUAUGCGCGAUGACUCCAGCACAAUCAGGGAAGUUGAGAAUGUGUUGAAAUCUCUGCAUUGGGAAGUCCACUUGACUUUCUCUAAGAACCAAGAAGGUAUACUUAGUGCCCAGAAAACUGAAUGGCGGCCAGACUCUUAUGCUGCUUCUUCAUGAUUUGCAGAUGACAGCUCUAGUUUCUAAUCCUAAAGGGUUCCAAGGUACUCAGCAAAAGUAGUAGUCAAAGUUUAUUUCCAGCGUCCAUUCUUUCA